UUUGUGGUUUAAAUUCUCUUAUUAUUUCUCCUGUGUCAGUCAUGGCUUCCUCCAGCAGUGUCCUGAGUGAAGAUCAGCUCCAGUGCUCCAUCUGUCUGGAUGUGUUCACUGAUCCAGUCUCUACUCCAUGUGGACACAACUACUGUAUGAUCUGUCUCAACGAGUUCUGGGACAGCAGUUCACACUGCCAGUGUCCGGUGUGUAAAACGACUUUUGCAAAAAGACCUGAGUUAUGUGUAAAUACGUUCAUCUCUGGACUGGCUGCUCCAUUUAAGAAGUCAGUUCAGGUGAAAUCCAGAGGUGCUGCAGAUCAGGUUUCCCCCAAUGCUAAAAAGGUUUUGUGUGUCUACUGCACUGAGGACAAGCUGGAGGCUCUAAAGUCCUGUCUGCACUGUGGAGUUUCUUUCUGUAACACACACCUUAUACCUCAUAAAACUACAGCUAAACUCAUGAAACACAAACUAAUGCAGGCUGUGGAGAACCUGGAGGACUACAUCUGCCAGAAACAUGAGCGACCACUGGAGCUGUUCUGUAGAGAUGACCAGAUGUAUGUCUGUCAGUUCUGUACUGAGGGAGACCACAGAACUCACAACACUGUUCCUAUAGAGGAGGAGAGUGCAGAGAAAAAGACAGAGUUGAAAAAGACACAAGCAGAAGUUCAACAGAUGAUCCAGGAGAGACUGACAAAGAUUAAGGACAUUGAACACUCUACAGGACUUAAUAAAAAAAACAGAGAGAAGGAGAAAGCAGAUGUUGUGGAGAUCUUCAGUGCUCUGAUGCGCUGCAUUAGGAGAAGACAGGCUGAGCUGCUUAAGGUGAUGGAGGAGAAGCAGAAAGCAGCAGAGAGGCAGGCUGAAGAGUUCAUUAAAGAUCUGGAGCAGGAAAUCACUGAGCUAAAGAGGAGAAACACUGAGCUGGAGCAGCUCUCACACACUGAGGAUCACCUCCACCUCCUACAGAUUUACCCGUCACUGUGCAGCCCUCCACACACCCAGGACUGGACUGAUGUCACCAUUAACUCUCAUCCGAAUGUGGAGAGUUUGAGGAGAGUGCUGGCUCAGAUUCAACAAUCUCUCAGUGAGGAAAUGGAGAAGCUUGAUGAGACUGAACUGAAGAGAAUUCAACAAUAUGCAGUGGAUGUGACUCUGGAUCCUGAUACAGCUGAUCCUUGUCUCAUCCUGUCUGAUGAUGGGAAACAAGUUACACGUGGAGACUCAGAAGACAAUCUCCCUGAUAAUCCAGAGAGGUUUGAUGAUUAUGCCUGUGUGCUGGGAAAGGAGGGAUUCUCCUCAGGGAGAUUUUACUAUGAGGUUCAGGUCAGAGGGAAGACUGAGUGGGAUUUAGGAGUGGUCAGAGAGUCCAUUAACAGGAAAGGGGAGAUUACACUCAGUCCUGAAGAUGGAUAUUGGUGUAUUUCUUUGGAAAAUGAAUCGGAUUGUUCAGCAUGUGACUCUUCCUCUACCUCCCUCUCCUUAAAACAGGCUCCUCAGAAGGUGGGGGUGUUUGUGGAUUAUGAGAAGGGUCUGAUCUCCUUCUAUGAUGUUGAUGCAAAGUCUCAUAUCUACUCUUUCACUGGUCAGACUUUCACUGAGAAACUUUAUCCAUUAUUUAGUCCUGGUCUGAAUGAUGAAGUUAAAAAUUCAGCACCACUAAUCAUCUGUCCUGUUAGUCAAAUAUAAUAUGAUGUUUUUUUGUAUAUUAAAAAAAGAAUCACAUCCAAUUGUUUUUUUUUUUUUAUUUACUUGCAUUUU